AAAAUUUGAAGAAUGUAAUGCAUACUUACCCGGUAGUCAUCAAUAGUUUGUUACGCUGUACUCAGAAUUAAGUCCUAUUUAUGCAUUCAUAUGUCUGCUUCUACUGGUAGAGAAAUGAGGUUUCUUUCUUCUCUUUUGUUUGCUUAUUGCCUCUGUCUUUCUUUUGUUUCUUCUCAAGUUACAUUAUUGCCAAAUGAUACAGUUUCUGUAUGUGAAGGAGAAAUACAAGCAAUAACGUGUAAUGUGACUGGAUCUGUACUUAUAUGGGAUGAUGGAAAUAAUUCCACCAGCUUCAGUAGUGGAAACACUAUACCAGCAGAAUUAGGGCCAUUCCAUUUAGUAUUACUAUCUCAUAAUAAUGGCACAGUGGUUUCAGUUGCAACUGUUAAUGUUUCUACAUCAAUAAAUGAGAGUACCCUUGAGUGUAGAAAUACAGGAUUUAAAAACUCCAGUAUAAGGCAACAAAUCAGCUUUAAUGUUAAACAUUCAGUACCUAUGACUUAUUUUAAAGUUGAUGCUGUAUCAUCAGAUACAUUAUUAAUAUCUUGGGCUGGAGCUGAUUGUAUACAAUCAUAUGAUGUAUUCACUAAUGGAACUAAUGUUAAUACUACCAGUGGAAUGAGUCUAUUGUAUAAUACUGGAGGAGCUAUUGGCAGUAUUGAUGUAUUGGUUAAUAGUGUUGAUUAUUAUGGGAGUGCAGUGGGUAACUUAUCAAUUCAAUAUCAAUUUAACAAAUAUGACUUUGAAGUUGAGGCUAUUAUUAGUGACAAUAUGUCACUGGUCAUAAUAAUUAAGGAUAAUUAUAUUAAUCAACAGCCUGCCCCAUUGUCCUGUGAAUUGACAGUGGCUAACUUAACUCAGUCAUCAGUGGACUGUCUCUCUAAAAGAUUGUUUGUAUUCACUAAUGUCACUGAAGGAGUUGUGUAUAAUUAUACUGUUACUAUUACUAAUGUCGUUGAGUCUGCUGUUAAGAAUGGUUCCAUAGUACUAGAACAAACAUGUCCAUCACAAACUCGAUAUUUCUGUUCAACUUUGCUGGCAUCUGAUUUUCAAGAGUCUUGUAUUACAUCAACUACAAGUCAAAGUACUAGUCCAUCACAAACUAAUACUAAUGAAUCCGGUGGAUCGAAUUGUGUCAUUCCUUGGAUAGUUGGUUUGAUAACUGGGACAGUAGUGGUUUCACUUUUGAUUUAGCUUUUACUUCAAAGACUUACAGCCUCGUGUACAAAAGGAACAUAUUAAAAUUGUCUUCCUAAGUAAAAAUUAUUAUAGUUUUGUAGUUUUUCAUUAGUAUCGCUUUAAUGAUUACAUAGAUAUUUAAUUACAUCAUUACAUGAUCAAUUUGUUAUCUUUUUUGUUAGUUAUACAAAAAACUUACUGU